AUGAACCCUCAACCCGCCACAUUGGCAACGAACACAGAUGAGAUACUGACCCCGCAAGAUGUGGUCAGUGGACUUGAGGAGUUGUUGAGACACAAACCCACUGUCAAAUGUAAGGACACCGAUAACGGUCUCCGUGGAGGCAAACCUGAGCAGGGGACUGAUAAGCCGAAAACUCCUCUUGACAGGGGGAAAUUCUAUGAGUCUGGGAAGCCUCAUCACAAGAUCAACGGUACAGUGUCAAAUGGGACCAACAAUGAUACAAAGCCCAAUGGCCAGCCGGAUGUCAAAUCGAAAGUAGAACCCAAGGUCCAAUCGGGCGAAUCAAAUCCUCAAUCAAAUAGCACCCAUGUGAAUAAGAAGCCUUUGGAAUGGCAUGACAAAAGAUGCUUUGGGACAUACCAAUUUGGCAAACACAAAGAUAUCUACCCUAUCUCACAGCAGAACUACUGA